CGUGAACAUUUUCCGGCAGGUCGUAUUCCAGUCAGUAUACCGAGGCGCCACGUGAAUGUAGAAACUCAAUAAGUUAAAGGGCUUUUCCGCGGUUUUCUUCAGGUUUCAGCGGCUCCGGUUCAUCAGCGGCUCUGAGCGGAGAGUGAAGCCGACAGGAUGCUGUAUCUGAUCGGCCUGGGGCUCGGAGACGCCGCGGACAUCACGGUGAAGGGUCUGGAGGCAGUGAGGAGGUGCAGCAGGGUUUACCUGGAGGCCUACACCUCCGUCCUGACGGUGGGCAAGGAGGCUCUGGAGGAGUACUAUGGGAAGCAGCUGAUCCUGGCAGACAGAGACCUGGUGGAACAGGGGGCGGAGGAGAUCCUGAAGGACGCUGACGUGGUGGACGUGGCGUUCCUGGUGGUGGGCGACCCGUUUGGAGCCACCACCCACAGUGACCUGGUCCUCAGAGCAGUGAAUGCUGGGAUACCGUACAGAGUCAUUCACAACGCCUCCAUCAUGAACGCAGUGGGCUGCUGCGGUCUGCAGCUGUAUAACUUUGGGGAGACGGUGUCGUUGGUUUUCUGGACGGAGACGUGGAGACCUGAGAGUUACUACGACAAGAUCUGUAAGAACAGGAAAGCUGGACUACACACACUGUGUCUGCUGGAUAUUAAAGUCAAAGAGCAGAGCAUCGAGAACAUGAUGAGAGGGAGGAAGAUCUUCGAGCCUCCUCGCUUCAUGACGGUGAGCCAGGCCGCCGAUCAGCUGAUCCAGAUCAUCCAGAGGAGGAGGGAGGAGGGGGAGGAGCUGGGUGUGACGGAGGACUCAGUGUGUGUGGGCGUGGCCCGGCUCGGUGCCGAUGACCAGUCGAUCCGCGUGGGGACGUUACGUCAGUUGGCAUCAUGUGACCUAGGCGCUCCGCUGCACUCGCUGGUCGUCACAGGGAGACUCCACCCACUGGAGGUGGAUCUGCUGAGACUGAAUGCUGAACCAGGAGCCCUGGAGAACCUGAUCCAGAUCGACAGCUCCACAUUCUCCUCAUAACACACACACCUGACCUACUGCACCUGAGAGGACCCUCAGGGACACAGGGACCAACCUGGACCUGUUUACACAGACCCUGAUCUGAGAUCAGCUCUGAUCUGACCUUUAAUGACCUCACUGGUUUUGAUUUAAUGGAAUAUGAGCAGUCUGACUUAGUUUCAGGUUGUUACAUUGACUCCACCUGGUCUAAUCUGUGAUCUGGAUCAAACCACAUCUGGACCUGGACCUGGUCUGACCCACAUCCAGAGUCCAGUUAAAGCCCCCCCCAGGUGAUCAGAUCCAGGUGAGCUCCAGGUGGAGAUGAGGUCUGAUUCAAACUGUCAAUCAAUAAAGAUGGAGAUCAAUAAUCAAUAA